GUGCUCUUCACUAUGCGGACGCCGGUCAGGAAGAGAGGCUCAUGGGAGAGAGUUCCGGAGAGUCCUUUGUCGCGAAAUAAAACCACAGCGUCCCGGCACCGUUUCGACGCUAGGUUUCCGACGGCGGGACUCAAUAAGGCUUCUCUCUGGAGCAUUUGGUCGAGCACUGGCGCGGGAAAAGAGGAGAUGGGGAUCGUCGGCAAGAAGAAGAGGAUUUUUCGGCAUGGGAUCGUGGAUUUACGGCAGCGGGAGGUUGGGGACCUCGCCCCGAGAACCUUCGCCCAUCGCCUCGGGGCCUCCGAGGGUCUUAUUCUGCGUUUGCAAAUCCUCAGAAGGCUAGACAAGCAUAAGGGUUGUGUCAAUACUGUAAGCUUUAAUGCAGAUGGGAACAUUCUGGUGUCAGGAUCAGAUGAUAGAAUGAUAAUGCUGUGGGAUUGGGAGGCCGGGCUGGUUAGAUUGUCAUUCCACUCAGGCCACACAGACAAUGUUUUCCAAGCUCGCUUCAUGCCAUAUACUGAUGAUCAAACAAUUGUGACAUGUGCUGCAGAUGGGGAGGUAAGGCAUGCCCAGUUACGGGAAGGGGGACAGGUAGCUACAAUGAUGCUAGCGCAACAUGAGGGCCGGGUUCACAAGAUGGCUAUUGAGCCUGGAAGUCCUCACAUAUUUUAUAGCUGUGGCGAAGAUGGCCUGGUUCAGCAUUUCGAUCUGAGAACAAAAUGUGCCACAAGGCUCUUUAUCUGUAGAUCUUUUCAAGAUAGAUCAGCCUAUAUGCCAAUUGUUCAGCUACAUGCCAUUGCAAUAGAUCCAAGAAACCCCAAUCUCUUCGCGAUUGCGGGAGGUGAUGAAUAUGCUCGAGUUUAUGACAUCCGCAAGUACAAAUGGGAUGGAUCGACCAGUUGUGGCCAUCCCACUGAUUGCUUCUGCCCUUCACAUCUAAUUGGUGAUGAUGUUGAAUUUGGAAUCACAGGUUUGGCUUUCUCAGACUCUAGUGAGCUACUAGUCUCAUACAAUGAUGAGCACAUCUAUCUCUUCUCAAAGGAUCAAGGACUAGGCCCCAAUCCAAUUCCUGCAUCACCUGUUUCAGCAAUGGAUCGAGAUUCCCCUGAUGGGUCUAAUCUAGUUCCAUCAUCUCCAUCUACUACUGAUCCAAAUUCCAGGUCUGAACCUAAGGUCUACAAGGGACAUUUAAACAGAGAUACGAUCAAGGGCGUGAGCUUCUUUGGUCCCAAUUGUGAGUAUGUUGUUAGUGGAUCAGAUUGUGGUCGCAUAUUUAUUUGGAGGAAGAAAGAAGGGGAGCUAUUACGUGUGAUGGAAGGAGACAAAUAUACAGUAAAUUGUAUUGAGCCGCAUCCUUAUGCCACCACGAUUGCAAGUAGUGGCCUUGAGAACGACAUCAAGAUUUGGACUCCCAGUGCAAUGGAGCCAGCUCCACCAGUAAAUUUGGAGAAGGUCCUGAUGGCUCAUUGCUUUGCAACUGAUGACUCCGAUUUCGACUAUGAUGAUGAUGGCGACGAUGUUGAUGACAAUGAUGAUAUUGAUUGUGAUGACGAGGAUGAUGAUGACGGCAUGGAUGACUGUGAUGACGACGACGAUGAUGAUGAUGAUGCCACCAGUGAUGAUGGUAUUGAUUGUGAUGAGGACGAUGGCGAUGGUGAUGGCUGUUGCGAUGGCUGUGAUGUCAGUGUUGAUGAUACAACAUUUUUCACUACCAGUUCCAGCAGAAGAAAAGAUCAGGGCUUUCCCGAUAUAUGUUCCCCCUAGAUUUGAUCCCACAGAUUUUGGCUGUGCGAAGGCAACAAUCCAGUUCAGGUCAGAGUUGGCUGGAUCUUAUAAUGAAUUAUACAGGUAGUAAUGAUUCCUCAGAGCACUCAGAAGAUACCUAUCCUGGGUGAUUGUAUAGUCAGCUAAACUGUGUUGCUUCUAGCUAGAACUGCACAAAACAAAUACCUACACAUCUUUUGAAUAAACUAUUGCUAGUUUGGUGUUUCUGAUGAGCAAGGAUACUUGAUUUUUUUCCCCCUUAAAUUAUGUUAGAGCCAAUUGUAUGUUAUUUAUAAUGAACUUCUCUACUUCUAGA